UGCGCGCCGCCGUAUUGCGUCCACGCGCCCCGCGGACGUCGUGCACUAAUUUGUAUCGAUGAAGUUUGUGCGAACAUGGCGGAUUUCCUGCCGUCUAGAUCCGUGUUAAAAGUUUGUUUGCCCGUCUGUCUUCUCAACAACAGCGAGGUGGAACAAUUGCGAAUAUCAAAAGAGAUCGACAAAUGCAUUUCCAGGGAUAAAACGUACGUGAAGCGCCUGGUAAAGAUCUUGCUACUGGGCGCUGGCGAGAGCGGCAAGUCGACUUUCCUCAAACAAAUGCGGAUCAUCCAUGGCCAGGACUUCGACCAGCAAGCCCGAGAAGAGUUCCGAGCUACCAUUUACAGCAAUGUUAUCAAAGGCAUACGGGUGUUGGUCGAUGCCCGGGAGAAGCUUCAUAUCCCGUGGGGUGACCCUGACAACAAAGAGCACGGGGACAUCAUGAUGGCCUUCGACACCAGGUCGGACAUGAUCGUCAAUGGGCAGAUGGAGAGGACGGUGUUCAUGAAGUAUCUCCCUUCCAUCACGGCUCUGUGGACAGACAGUGGCAUUCAGAACGCCUACGACCGUCGCAGGGAGUUUCAGUUGGGCGAGUCGGUGAAGUACUUCUUGGACAACGUGGAAAAGCUUGGGGAACCGAGCUACGUGCCCACUCAGCAGGACAUACUGCUGGCCCGCAAGCCCACCAAGGGGAUCCACGAGUACGACUUUGAUAUCAAGAACGUGCCCUUUAAGAUGGUGGACGUGGGAGGCCAGCGCUCGGAGCGGCGGCGCUGGUUCGAGUGCUUCGACUCUGUCACCUCCAUCCUCUUCCUCGUCUCCUCAUCUGAAUACGACCAGGUGCUGAUGGAGGACCGGCUAACCAACCGCCUCCGGGAGUCCCUCAAUAUCUUCGAGACCAUCGUCAACAACCGCGUGUUCGUCAACGUGUCCAUCAUCCUCUUCCUCAACAAGACGGACCUCCUGGAGGAGAAGGUGAAGACCGUGGUCCUCCGGGACUACUUCCCCGACUACGCCGGGGUGGAGCACAGCCUGCGCGACGUGCAGGCCUUCAUGGUGGAAUGCUUCCGGGCCAAGCGCCGCGACGCCAACCAGAAGCCCCUCUACCACCACUUCACCACGGCCAUCAACACGGAGAACAUCCGGCUGGUGUUCCGCGACGUCAAGGACACCAUACUGCACGACAAUCUGAAGCAGCUGAUGCUGCAAUGACCUCUCCCCCGCCCGCUCCCUAGCCACGCGCCACUCGCCCCUCAUCUGUCGCCUUAACAUGUCUCCUCCCGCCUGUAGGCGGCGGUGUGGUGAUCAUUUUCCUGUCCUCCGUCCAGGAAGAGGAGCUAGGAAAGGCCGGCCUCACAGAGGAAUUGGCUGUUCCUCUAAUUUCCUCCGUACCCCCUCUUGUUUUAGUUUUUUCGUAAACUUUGGUUUUAACUUGUGUCUCCAAAAGGUUCUCCCGCCUCCUCCUCUCCCACCCUGGUGGUGGAGGGGGUGGUCGGGCCCGGAGUGGGGUUCCGGUGUUGUGUGUUUGGGGGCAGAGUGGGGAACUUGAUUGACUGGCUGACGACAACAACAGCAACGCAGAGUCCAUGCCGGACCUGAACUUACCCUGCCACCCCAACGCCCAGGCUGCCCCAGAUCCGACCGACCCUUCCCCCCCCCCCCCCCCGCGGGAGAGGAUCGAACCCAGAAUGAGUUCCACACACAGUCUGAACGGGCGCCUUUAAACACUGUUUAACAAACCACACGCAUUUGUGACCGCGGGGAGCACGUGCUUGGUAUUUCUGCAUGGCUUGUCCUCAUUAAACCCAAUUCGUACUAGCUCUAAUUUUGCAAUACUUUUUUUGUUUUAUUACAAAAAAAUAUAACAAAGCCACACAGGGCAAAUAAACAGCCAUAAUGCAGUGGCCAGUGGGGCCACCACACUGCUUUUUCUCAGGUUUGAAUUGAAACCACUGUUUGUGAUAAUGUCUUAGUUUUGUUAGUAGCUUUUUGUUCAGUUUAAUCUUAUCCUAAUCUGGGUGUCUUAAGUGUCAUGGUUCUGCCAGUACUGUACAAUAGUUGUUGCUGGUUUCAUUGUAAACCAUCGUAACCCUGACCCAAAACGUGGCCCAUCCCUACGAAACACCGUUCACCCUCUUCAUUCGGUUGCCUUAAGGAACGGAAAGAUUGUCCCCUGAUUGCCUGAGCGAUGAAUGUCUUUGUUAAUAUUUGUACAGAAAAUUUCAACUACUACUUGUAGAAUAUACUGUAACCCCGUUUUGUUUAAGCACAUAACCUGUGUUGUGAAUUAACGUUUUGGCUUAAAAAGAAAUUCAGUUUUCAAGGUGUUUCUCCCGAAAAGAAAGCUUUGCUUUUUCCGUUACAAAUAUAUCCAUACGAUAAACCUUAGACAAAAAAAUGGAAUUGAAGGUUAUUCAGAUCAUGAGCCACUGCGUUGUAUUUGUGAGGCCACUCUAUAAGAGAACUGCGGCUGCUGCAAGAAGCCUGUACUAAGGUCACUCUCUUCACCCUAUUCUUAUUCCACUGUCCGUUCACGUACAUCGAAGUUUUCACCCUGAAAUGGCACUGCUGUAUACUUAACUGUGCUUCCAGUCCUUACCAUGUACAUACUGUAAUCUGUCGCCGUGUAAAUACAUUUUGAGUUCUUUCUUCCUCCUUAUGUAAAUGGUUGUAGAAAUAGUGCAUUUAAUUUGCUGUUCUAAAUGCAUCUUAAAUCACUGCAUUUCCAAUGAAGAUAAUCUUUGAUUUAGCUGUUAAUUGAUUAUAGUGUUUGUUUGUUUUUGUUUUUGUCACAGAAACGUGUUAUGCUCAGUGUCUAGUCUUGUGCCACUGUAACCGUAUCAAUAAAACACACUUUUCUAAUGGAAUGAAUGAAUCCAUCCCUUA